ACAGGACAGGUUGAGGUAGGUAGCCUACAUCAGUGAGCGGACCCGGAGUCAGAUCUUGUACCCCCUGACUGCGGUUCAGAAAAUCGUGUCCGGUAGGGAGCCUACACAUGCAUGCUUCAAGCGAUUUUCCAUCAACAAAAGGAUAUGCCACCACUGGCAAAUUAGUCCGCACUGAGGAUUUCCAAGCGAAGGAGGACCAAGGAAUCUCCUCAAUUGGACUCCGCCUGCAUUUGCCGGAGAACUGGAUGACAGAGCCGCUUUCACGCCCUCCCAUCUUAGGUCACCUUGCCAUCUGUGAAGACUAAGCCAUCGCUUGAAACAGUUUUAAAGAGGUUCAGCAUGAAGAGAACUGGCAUCCGUUCUUCACUCUGCGCAUGGCUCCUGCUUGCAAUGACUCACUGCUCCCUGGUGGGGUCCUCCUGCCCGCCGCAGUGCGUGUGUGAAACCCGUCCCUGGUACACGCCACAGUCUGUGUACCACCAGGCCAAGACAGUGGACUGCAACGAGCUCCAUCUGAGCCAUGUCCCGUGGAAUAUUUCGAGAGACACUCAAGUGCUGCUCCUCCAGAGCAACAACAUUUCCGCCGUGACACAGGAGCUGCAGCGGCUGGUCAAUCUCACCGAGCUGGACCUCUCCCAGAACCACUUCAGCCGCAUCAAAGACAUCGGCCUGACACCGCUGACACAGCUCGUCACACUCUACCUGGAGGAGAACCAGCUGAAAGAGCUUCCGGAUUACGGCCUCAAGGAACUGGUGAAUUUGGAGGAGCUGUACGUGAAUCACAAUCAGAUAUCCUCCAUCGGCCCUAAAGCCUUCUCAGGCCUGGUGAACCUUCUGCGUCUUCACCUCAACUCCAAUAAGCUGGUAGCUAUUGAUAGCCAGUGGUUUGAGUCGCUUCCCAACCUGGAGAUCCUGAUGAUUGGAGAAAACCCAAUCCUGGGGUUGCAGGAUAUGAGUUUCUAUCCACUGUCCAAGCUGCACAGCUUGGUUCUGGCUGGCAUGGGGCUGAUGGAUGUUCCAGCGGGGGCGUUCCAAGGGUUGGAAUACCUCGAGAGUCUCUCCUUUUUCGAUAACAAGUUAACGGCAGUACCAAAGGACGCUUUGCGCGUUCUUCCGAAUCUCAAGUUCUUGGACCUCAACAAGAACCCCAUCACUCGGGUGCAGGAAGGAGACUUCCGAGACUUCCCCCACUUGGAGGAGCUGAGCCUCAACAACAUGGAGGAGUUGAUCGCUGUUGAGAAGGGAGCUUUCGCAAACCUUCCGGAGAUGGCCAAACUAGAGCUCUACAACAACCCGCACUUGUCCUACAUAGACCGCGGUGCUUUCUUGGAUGUGGAUGGACUUCGCACUUUACUGAUCCACAACAAUGACAUUAGCCUGUUGCCUCAUGAGAUUUUAGGCUCUUUCCCCAACCUGGAUGAAGUCAGCCUUCACAGUAACCCACUCAGGUGUGACUGUCUGUCGAACUGGGGACCGGUCCUGGGAAAUCAAUCCACACUCAAACUGCUAGAAUCCCAAAUCACUCUGUGUGCCUACCCUUCUCAUCUGAUUGGACGUUCACUCCAGGAGGUGGUCACAACCAAUUGGAAUGUGGUUAGCAACACCUGCCUCCCUCAGAUCUCCCUCCACACCUUCCCUCCCCAGCUCAAUGUGUCAGCUGGUCAACCUUUGACCUUAGAGUGCUGGGCUUUUGCUGACCCUGCGCCUCAGUUCUAUUGGGUGACCCCCACAGGGGACAAGGUGACCUCCGAGGUCAUCGCAUCACAGAUGAUUAAUGGCAGCAGUGCCAAGAAGCACCGGCUCCAGGAUCAAGGUGCUUUGGAGAUCCUCCACGUCGAGCCCGAGGACGCCGGUCUCUACACCUGUGUGGCGUGGAACGCUGAGGGAGCGGACACACGGAGCAUCAUGGUGUUCGUGGAAAGGAGUGAGGGCGGCAGCGGCCGGCGCAGCUUCGGUGGUCCGGCCUUCAGGAACGCCACGGGAGCUCUGGUCGUGCUGGCCAAGAUCAUUCACGCCCAGUCGGUGGUGUUAGAGUGGAAGCUGAACGCCCCCGCGUCCCAUCCCGGCCACGAGGUCACCCAGCCUAAGUGGGUCAGCGCCACCAUGAAGAUCGACAACCCGCACAUCAGCUACUCCACCAAGGUCCCCGUGGACGUCCAGGAGUACAACCUCACUCACCUGCUGCCCUCGACCCAGUACACCGUGUGUCUGACCAUGGCGGCCACCGAGCUGCAGACGCAGCACUCCUGCCUCAACAUCACCACCAAGGAGGCCAGCUUCGCCGUGGAGAUGGUUGCCCAGCCGACCAACGUUGCCUUGGCAGCUGUCAUGGGGUCCAUGUUCGCUAUCUGCAUAAUGGCCCUGCUGGUCUUCUACAUGGGGCGACGCAUGAAGCAAAAGUCCUGCCACCACUCUCUAAAGAAGUACAUGCAGCAUGCCACGUCCAUUCCUCUGAACGAGCUCUACCCCCCUCUAAUCAACCUGUGGGAAAACGAGACUGAGAAAGAGAAAGAGGGAUCAGUCGACUCACAGAACUCACAGAUCGACACUUCAAAGACUUACAUGUGGUAGGUCGGACUUGCAGGGUUAGUUGGAAAAACAAAAAAGGACGUUCACAAAUGGCUUAUGUAUUGUAUUAAAAAAAAAACAUUUAUCUUAUAACAAAAAAUGUCUUUGUGAACAAAUUAUAUAUGUAUUUUUAGACUGUAUAUCUCUUUUUUGCAGACACACACUUUGAGUUGAGCAGUUGCAUUUGCUUCCAGCUGUAAUGGAGAGAACUAGCUGUGAAACCCAUGGCCAAAAAUACACUCACGCAGCACAGAGUGUGAAACCCAUGGCCAAAAAUACACUCACGCAGCACAGAGAUUUGUAUUUUUUGAGUGACAUCGUUCCAUCCAGCAUGCAGAGCAAUUAUCACUUAUACGCUUACGCUUGUUCAUGGAAUUAUAUUUAUUUGUGAUUUAAGCGUUUCUACCAAAACAGGUAUAACUUGACUGCAAAGGCAGGUCGCCACAUCUCACAGGGGUAAAGAUGGUUCCAAAUCACUGUACAGAACCCUUAGCAUGUUUUUGCAUGUUCUCCUCGUGCUCAUAGCCUACAGUGAGUCCCACCUUCCCUUCUUACCUUCUCUAACCUCUUCAAGACCACAAGGUGAUAUUUUGUACACUUACACUUUUUACACUACUAAUUAGUUUAUGACUAAUCCUGACAGCUGGAAAACCAUGAGCCAAGUGUAAUGAUAAGCAUCUUCAAAACAAUGCUCAACAAUAUCAGGUGAAAUGAACAUGAUAUGCAAAAGAGAUCUUUCUCAUUUGUUUCUCUUUAAUUUGGAUCAAGUGAUUUUGAUUUGCCAUUGUCCAUGCAUCCAGCUGCAGUAUGAUUUGGCUAUAAUUAAUUGUGAUAUUCUGUAUCUGAUUGUGAACGUCAGCAUUAGCUGCAUUGACUGAAAAUGGUAUUUUGUUUUUCAGUAAAUCUGUCUGGACUUUCAUAUGCAGAUCAACUGAAGCACUCCCAUCUAGACUGCUGCAUAUCCAAAAACGUGUUGCUAAACCAGUGUUAUAUAAUGUUCAAAAAUAGCUGUUACCAUGUACUUUCUCAGACGGACUGUUAAAAACAAGGCACACAUAUGCUUAUUUUGGCUUAUUAUAUUAUUGAUCUCAAUUGGCAAGCAAUUGAAACUUAUUUUUUUGUGUUGUAAAAAUUAUCAUACAUAAAUUAAGAUAUUUUUUAUUUAUUUACAUCUGUAUUUAUUUAUUUAUUUGCCUUGUUAUUGAUCUUCUAAUGUCAAUAUUUCACACCUGAAACAAUUGCAUUUUUAUUACCUUUCAGCUGUAGUGCUAUGAAAAUGUCAUCAGCUUUCGUUUAAAAAUGCCUGUUAGGCACGUGUGCCCUCUACUGGUCAAACAUCCUGAUGUCCAAGAUAAACUCAUGAUUUGUUGUGACAGAGAAUAACAGGGUAUUUUAUAUUAGAGAAUCUAUUGUAAUAUUUUAUUCAAGUAAAGUAAUAAUCUACACUUGAUCGUUGUCAAAUAGUUGAGAUGUGAUGGUGUAUGCUGUACUUUUAGAACAAAUAAACAACCACUACAAAUGCUG